UCCCCUCUCAUCGGAAUACUAUAAAAAUAAAAUUAAAGAGACACACAAACCGCCGUUUGAUUCCCACUGUUCUCUCUCUCUCUCCUUCUAAUUAUCAAAUUUUUAUUUUCUCUCUCUUUUGUUACAAUCUUUGAACGGCAUGAAAAACCCUAGCUUCUGACAGCCGCCUUUGCGAUUUCUUGUUGUGAUUGAACCUUAAUACGCGCGCAAGUUUGUAGCGCGUUUAUAUUGAAAUUCGAGUUGCAAAAUCUGGAUUUCCCGGGUGGGAAAUUAUUGCGAGGCUCAUGAGAUUUGUGUGCGUUUGGAGUAUAUACUUGAAUAUUGGCUAGACGAGGAUUUGGAUGUUUAAUUAACUUUGUGGCGUGUAUUGUUUCUUGUUAUUCGGAAUGGCAGAAGAUAGCCUCCGGAUGGUUGGGCUUUCUUCUGGUUUGGCUGUUAUCUUGAAUAGUGGGGAUGGGAAGGAAAAUCCGUCGAAAUCCCGCCUUGUAUCGUAUUCUGAUGAAUUUGGUCAGCAAUCUGUGGAGCGAGCUCUUGAAUAUGUGUUUGGUCUUCCGAAUAAAUCACUUGGUCCAUUGAGUUGUCCUGUUGACAGCAGUCUAGUUCGUUCUAUCAUAAAGAACCACUUGUAUUCAGGUUCUGAUUCUUCGGUUAGUAACAGGGAUGGGGUUUGUGUUUUAGAUAAUGGCUCUGGACCUGAUGUUGUUGGUCUUGAAGAAUUCAGUAUUUGUGGUGAAAUUAGAAUCGUUAAGCCACCGUUGCUUUUAGAGAGCUUAGCAGUGUUCAGUAGCGCCAGGGCUAAUGCCUGUGUUUGGAAAGGGAAAUGGAUGUUUGAAGUAAUUUUGGAGACUUCUGGUAUACAACAGCUUGGAUGGGCUACUAUUUCUUGUCCAUUCACUGACCAUAAGGGUGUAGGUGAUGCUGAUGAUUCGUAUGCUUUUGAUGGCAGAAGAGUUAGCAAAUGGAACAAGGAAGCUGAGCCAUACGGCCAGCCAUGGGUGGCAGGUGAUGUCAUUGGAUGCUGCAUAGACUUGGUUCAUGAUGAGAUUUCAUUCUAUAGGAACGGUAUUUCUCUUGGUCUAGCAUUCUUUGGCAUUCGGAAAAUGGAACCUGGAUUUGGAUAUUACCCUGCAGUUUCUCUUUCUCAGGGUGAACGGUGUGAAUUGAAUUUUGGUUCCCGCCCCUUUAAAUACCCUAUUGAUGACUACCUUCCUCUUCAAGCACCUCCUCCUUGUAGCCCUUUUGCGAAGCAAUUGCUGGACUGCUUAUCCAGGCUGUUGGAUAUGCAAUCUGUGGAGCAUGCUGAGCAUUCUUCAGUUGAAAAAUUGAGGAGACUGAAGAGGUUUGUAUCACUCGAAGAAUUAUUUUAUCCUGUUUGUCGUGGGAUAUGCGAAGAGUUCUUCUCUGUAGUUGAAGCGGGUUGUCGAGGUGCUGAGUACAUUGGUUGGGGUUCUCUUUUGUUGUUCUUUAUGGGGAUAUUUGGAGUACGGGCACCACAUGAUUGGUUGAGUUUGGAUAGAAUACUUGAUGUGUUUCUAGAAUUCCAAGGAUCACAUAUUAUGUUCGAGCACCUUAUAAACGCUCUUUCAUGUGCUUGCAAGACAGCGUCAUUGGUUCUGACAGAAUGCCCAUAUUCAGCAUCAUAUUCUUAUCUUUCAUUGGUAUGCCAUUUAUUUAGACGGGAACAAUUGAUGGUGUUGUGGUGGAAAUCAUCAGAUUUUGAUUUCUUAUUUGAAGGCUUUCUAUCACGGAAGAGUCCAAACAGGCAGGACCUUCAGUUCAUGAUUCCUUCUGUUUGGUGGCCUGGUUCUUGUGAGGAUGUGUCCACUGAAAGUAGCAUGCUGUUGACAACCACAGCUCUAUCGGACGCAGUUAGUAAGAUUGAGGAAAAGCAUAGGGAUCUCUGUCUCUUAGUCAUACAGUUCAUACCUCCUUUACAACCUCCACAGUUUCCUGGUUCUGUAUUUAGGACAUUUGUGCAGAACCUUUUAUUGAAGAAUCGAGGAGCUGAUCGCAGUAUGCCACCUCCUGGGGUUUUAAGCAAUUCUGUUCUUGUUUCUUUGUACACUGUUAUUCUCCGUUUUCUAUCAGAAGGCUUUGGAAUGGGGAACAUUUGUGGGUGGUUGAAGAGCUGUGAUUCUAGUGGCCAUGAUAUUGGUUUUCUUCAUCGAGGUGGCAGCCAAAGUUUCCCAAUAGGUUUGUUUCUUAAGAGUGAUCCACAUCGAGCUGAAAUUUCUAGGCUUGGUGGAUCAUUCUCUCACCUGUUGAAAUCACAUCCUAUGCAUGAUCAGGAAGCAGAAGUUAUUCGGUGGGAGGAAGGCUGUAUGGAUGAUGAAGAAACAAGAGUAACUCAUUUAACCAAACAGAAACCAUGUUGCUGCUCAUGCUAUGACAUGGAGUUCACAAAGUGCUCAAAGUAUCCAAUAAGAACUACAACUAAGAGUUCCCGUCACCACUCCAGUACCAUUCCUGAAAGAUCUGCUCAGGUUGCUGCAGAAUGUAGUACAGGAAGUUUGAAUGAUGAGAUAGCGGAUAAACCUAGCUCCAGUGAUCGGUCGGAAUCUGAGUUUGGUUAUCGCCCUGUCCAACACAUGACUGUACCCAGAGAUAGUGAUAUGUCUUCAUCCACUCUAAGAGAGGAAGAACUUUUGGAUGCUUUGUUAUUACUUUAUCACAUAGGCCUUGCACCAAACUUUAGGCAGGCGUCAUAUUACAUGUCGCAUCAGUCACAAUCAAUAUCCCUCCUGGAAGAAACUGAUAAACAAAUACGAGAACGAGCUUGCAAGGAGCAAUUAAAGCAUUUGAAGGAGACUCGAAAUAACUAUCGUGAAGAAGUUAUUGAUUGUGUCAGACAUUGUGCAUGGUACCGUGUGUCCUUUUUCUCUCGAUGGAAGCAGAGAGGGAUGUAUGCCACGUGUAUGUGGGUUGUGCAACUGCUAUUGGUUCUUAGUAAACUGGAUUCAGUGUUUAUUUACAUCCCUGAAUUUUACCUUGAAGCUCUGGUCGACUGUUUUCAUGUUAUGCGUAAGAGUGAUCCUCCAUUCGUCCCGCCUGCAAUAUUUAUCAAGCAAGGACUUAAUACAUUUGUGACAUUUGUAGUUACCCAUUUCAAUGAUCCGAGGAUAUCAAGUGCAGAUUUAAAGGAUCUUCUGCUCCAGUCAAUAUCAGUCUUGGUGCAGUACAGAGAGUAUUUGGCAGCUUUUGAGAACAAUAAAGUCGCCAAACAUAGAAUGCCAAAGGCGUUAUUGUCAGCAUUUGACAACCGAUCUUGGAUUCCAGUUACAAACAUUCUUCUACGCCUCUGUAAGGGUUCUGGGUUUGGGUCUUCAAAGCAUGGAGAAUCCUCAUCAUCCUCGGUUAUUUUCCAGAGACUGCUGCGUGAAGCUUGCAUCUCUGAUGCAGAGUUGUUCUCAGCUUUUCUUAAUCGUCUGUUUAACACUCUCAGCUGGACAAUGACUGAAUUCUCAGUUUCCAUUCGGGAAAUGCAAGAAAAAUACCAGGUAUUGGAAUUUCAACAGAGGAAAUGCUGUGUCAUAUUUGAUCUCUCGUGUAAUCUCGCAAGGGUAUUGGAGUUUUGUACCCAUGAGAUCCCUCAAGCAUUCCUCUCAGGGCCUGAUACAAACCUUCGAAGACUGACUGAGUUGAUUGUCUUCAUUCUGAACUACGUAACAUCAGCAGUAGAUGCUGAGUUUUUUGACUUGUCACUUAGACGGCAUGGUCAAUCUUUAGAGAAAGUAAACAGAGGCAUGAUACUAGCCCCUUUAGUAGGGAUCAUUGUGAAUUUGUUGGAUGCUAGCACGGACUCCGAAUUCAAGGAGCAGAAUGAUGUUGUGGAUGUGUUUGCAAACAUGGAUUGCCCUGAAACAAUGCAUUAUGGUUUGCAGUACAUGUUAGAGUAUAAUUGGGGUACAUCUUUUAGGGGAGAAGCCUACGUGCCUAAACUUUGUUCACUAGAGAAUUUCUUGACACUCCUCAUCAGCCAUAGUGAUUCGAAGAAGAUUGAGGGACUUGAAUGUGGAGAAACCGAUGCUGAGGAUGGCACGUGCUGCAUUUGUUAUGCCUCGGAAGCCGAUGCAAAGUUCGUACCGUGUUCCCACAGAUCUUGCUAUGUGUGCAUAACGAGACAUCUCUUAAAUUGUCAAAGAUGUUUCUUUUGCAAUGCCACUGUGUUGGAAGUAGUCAGAACCAUAGAGAAUACAGUUGAAAGAUGAGAAUCUUAAAUUGUUACGGAAAAUGGGGAAGAGAAGGUGAAAAAAUUAGGGUUUUGGUUUUUGUUGUUGUUCAUAUAUUCCGUAUGCGUUUUGUUGUUGUUAACUAUAUUGAUAUGUAAGGUGGGAUGGAGCAAGUCCGGGGGGUUUGAAUCUCAGCACUGUGCAAUCAAUCAAUCCCUUUCACAAACCUCAGGCUGCAGUUUCAUUACGAAUUUUGUAGGUUGAGGGCAUUAUUGUGUAAAUAUGAGAGAUGUAAAUGGCAAGGAAAAUUAUAUAUAUAUAAAGAAAUGAGUGGUAUUUUUGUC